UCUCCAUUACAAUAAUAAUAACCACCGCCAGUUGGAUUCUUUGGCAGAUCUCACUCUAGCUUCUGCAGCCCAAGAACUUUGUCACCCUUCAAAUUUCCCUCCACAAUCUCCCUCCUCCUCAGUUUGAAUACACACUAAGAAGGAAGCAGAGAUCCAUGGCGCUGAUGGGAAGCAGCAGGCUCGAGCUUUCGCUGCUGCUGGUUCUUCUGGGUGCUUCUCUGCUCCCUGAGUCACAAUGUGGUGUGACUUUCGAUAAAAAAACCAUUGUCAUCAAUGGGCAGAGAAAGAUUCUCAUCUCUGGCUCCAUUCAUUAUCCAAGGAGCACCCCUGAUAUGUGGGAGGGGCUAGUUCAGAAAGCUAGAGAUGGAGGUUUGGAUGUUAUUCAGACAUAUGUUUUUUGGAAUGGGCAUGAGCCUUCUCCUGGCAAUUAUAAUUUUGAGGGGAGGUAUGAUUUGGUGAGAUUUAUAAAGACAGUGCAGAAAGCAGGUCUAUAUGCACAUUUAAGGAUUGGGCCUUAUGUUUGUGCUGAAUGGAAUUUUGGAGGAUUUCCUGUUUGGUUGAAGUUUGUACCUGGGAUCAGCUUCAGAACUGACAAUGAGCCUUUCAAGAAUGCUAUGCGAGGAUUCACCCAGAAAAUAGUUCGGAUGAUGAAGAAUGAAUCACUUUUCGAGUCUCAGGGGGGUCCAAUCAUCCUCUCGCAGAUUGAGAAUGAAUAUGGGCCUGAGAGUAGAGCAUUUGGGCCUGCGGGCCGCUCAUAUGUGAACUGGGCAGCCAAAAUGGCAGUAGAGAUGGACACCGGAGUCCCAUGGGUGAUGUGCAAAGAAGAUGAUGCUCCAGAUCCAGUGAUUAAUACAUGCAAUGGCUUCUAUUGUGAUGAUUUUGCCCCCAACAAGCCAUACAAACCCUCAAUGUGGACUGAAGCUUGGAGCGGUUGGUUCACAGAGUUUGGAGGCACUAUUCACGAGCGUCCAGUUGAGGAUCUGGCAUUUUCUGUUGCACGAUUUAUUCUGAAGGGCGGCUCCUUUGUCAAUUAUUAUAUGUACCAUGGAGGAACCAACUUUGGGCGUACUGCUGGGGGUCCAUUUAUAACGACCAGCUAUGAUUAUGAUGCUCCCAUUGAUGAAUAUGGAUUAGUCCGAGAACCAAAAUAUGGUCAUCUGAAAGAACUCCACAGAGCAAUUAAAUUGUGUGAAAAGGCUUUAGUUUCAGCCGAUCCAACCUUUACUUCAUUGGGAAGAUAUCAACAGGCUCAUGUGUUCAGUUCUCAAGCAGGAGGAUGUGCAGCAUUUCUUGAAAACUACAAAACUGAUUCAUAUGCACGAGUAAUAUUCAAUAACAUGCACUAUGACUUGCCGCCUUGGUCAAUUGGUAUACUUCCAGACUGCAAAAAUGUGGUGUUUAACACAGCAAAAGUUGCUGCUCAAACGUCACUCAUGCAAAUGUCAACUGCUAAUUCAGAGUCACUCAUGUGGGAGAGGUAUGAUGAGGAGGUUGCUUCAUUAGCAGAAACUUCAAUGAUCACCACAAAUGGCCUAUUGGAGCAAAUAAAUGUCACAAGGGAUACCACUGACUAUUUGUGGUAUAUUACUAGUGUUGAUGUAAAUCCAAAUGAAGGAUUUUUACGAGAUGGUCAACUUCCUUCUCUUAGUGUACAAUCAGCAGGUCAUGCACUGCAUGUCUUCAUUAAUGGACAACUCUCAUGCUCUGCUUUUGGCAAACGAGAGAAUAGGAGGAUUGCUUACACAGGCGAUGCGAAUCUUCGCGCUGGAACUAAUAAGCUUGCUCUACUUAGCGUGGCUGUUGGACUACCGAAUGUGGGAGUACAUUAUGAACUGUGGAGUACCGGAGUUUUAGGCCCUGUUGUUCUUCAUGGGAUUGAUGAAGGGAAAAGAGAUUUAACCUGGCAAAAAUGGUCAUAUCAGAUUGGUCUUAAAGGAGAAUCUAUGAAUCUAAACUCCGUAGAAGGCACUUCAUCUGUUGAAUGGAUGCAAGGUUCAUUAGCAGUUCAAACUCAGCAACCGAUGACAUGGUACAAGGCUUAUUUUGAUGCUCCUGCUGGAGAUGAGCCAUUGGCUUUGGACAUGGCCAGCAUGGGAAAAGGUCAGAUAUGGAUUAACGGAGAGCACAUUGGGCGGUAUUGGACUGCGCAGGCACCAAAGGAGGAUUGCAAUGAAUGCAAUUAUGCUGGGACAUAUAGGCCAUCAAAGUGUCAGUCUGGUUGUAGCCAACCAACUCAACGCUGGUAUCAUGUGCCAAGUUCUUGGUUACAACCAACAAAGAAUCUGAUGGUGGUAUUUGAAGAGCUUGGUGGUGACGCGACCAAGAUUGCUCUAGUGAAGAGAUUAGUGUCGAGUGUUUGUGCUGAUGUUUCGGAGUCGCAUCCUAUGAUCAAGAACUGGCACAUUGGCAAUGACGGGAAGCCAGAAGAGGUGCACAGGCCAAAGGUUCACCUCCAUUGUCCCUAUGGGAGGACAAUAUCGGCCAUCAAGUUUGCGAGUUUUGGUACGCCGGUAGGAACAUGUGGGAGCUUUGAGCAGGGAGCUUGUCACACACCAAAGUCCUACUACACCCUUGAAAAGCGAUGCAUGGGCCAAGGGAGAUGUGCAGUAACGAUCACCAAUGACAAUUUUGGGCAAGACCCAUGUCCAAAUGUAUUAAAGAGAUUAGCAGUUGAAGCAGUUUGUUCUUAAGCUAUCCUGAUUGAGACAUUUUGAGUCCUGCUCUAUUUUGAAGAUAUAUAGAGCACUUUACAAUGACAUCUCACAUGGUUUAGGUCGAAGUUCAAAAGAAAAAGCAAUCAAUAAUGGUAUAAAGUUUGAGAGUGGAGUAUGCAAAGAAAGAAGAAAGUGUUUGGUUUGCUGUUGGUGCGUAGAUGAGCACAUGCCGAAGUAUUUCUUCAUAUAGUGAGUGUAAACUGUGUAUUUAUGAGUCAUAGGCUAUUUGGAGAGAAAACAUAGGAAAAGGUGAAGUAUCAAAGGUUUUUGUUUAAAACUUUUUUCUCAUUGAAUGUCUUGUUCAAUGCCUUCUGUUUAUUCUCUUUGUAACCCAUCUUUUAUUAAGGGUGUGUAGGUGCAAUUGUUGUAUUCUUACUGUUGUACUCAGUGGAUGAAUCAAUGAAAGCAAUGGUUUCUUUAUCCACAAACA